AUGGAACCGUUCGUGGUAAGGUAUGUUACAAUUCAUCUGUUCGUGUGUAUUGUAAUAGUGCAAGGGAAGAUUGAUCCAAACCAGGCCUUUUUGCAAUUCAUAAAGGACAGCGAUCGUUUCAACAGCGCGGAGGCGGACGAACCUUCACAACUAUUAAAGGAAUAUGAUUUCAUUAUCGUCGGAGCUGGUAGUGCAGGAUGCGUUUUAGCAAAUCGUCUUAGCGAAAUAGAUAAAUGGAAUAUCCUUCUAAUCGAAGCUGGAGAUGAAGAAUUGCUUAUAAUGGACGUACCAAUACUGGCCACGAUGCUUCAAUUUACAGAUGCGAAUUGGGGAUACAGAACAGAACCGCAAUUAAACGCUUGUCUUGGAAUGAAAGAAAAGCGAUGCAAUUGGCCUCGAGGAAAAGUGAUGGGAGGAUCGUCCGUUCUCAACAAUAUGAUACACACGCGAGGCCACCCGGAAGAUUAUGAUCGCUGGGCUUCAUUGGGCAACCCCGGCUGGGACUGGAACUCAGUACUACCCUACUUUCUUAAAUCUGAAGACAUGCAAAUCAAGGAUCGCAACAUUGACAAAGAGUGUCAUUCGACGGGUGGUUAUUUAACACUGAAUCACGCCGCAUGGUCCACGCCUCUGACUGAUGCUUUCAUAAAAGCAGCGAAAGAACUAGGAGAAGACAUUGUGGAUUACAAUGGAAGACAACUUAAUGGAUACGCGAAAUUGCAAUUCACUUUACGAAAUGGUUCUAGACUCAGCUCAAACACUGCUUUUAUACACCCAGUAUCGAAGCGAGCUAAUCUAGAUAUAUUAAUGAAAGCCCAUGUCUCAAAAGUAUUCAUAGAUCGAAAAACAAAGAGGGUCGAAGGAGUAGAGUAUAUUCGGAAUUCCAUGAAGUAUACCAUCAGAGCAAGGAAGGAAAUAAUAUUAAGCGCAGGAGCCAUUAACAGUCCACAAAUACUAAUGCUAAGUGGUAUUGGACCUUCGGAUCAUUUAAGUAAGUUGAAUAUUCCAGUUAUAGCUGAUUUGAGCGUCGGUGACCACCUUCAAGAUCAUAUUGCUCUAGGAGGUUUAACGUUUCUCGUAAACGAAUCGAUUUCCAUGAGAACCGACAGACUAUUCGAAGAGGUAAAUAAUAUUUUUGAAUAUAUGAUCCGUCAUAGCGGGCCUUUGUCCGCACCGACGGGGACUGAAGCUAUCGGUUUUAUAAACACGAAAAAUAAAUCUUCUUUAUAUCGUCCCGAUCUAGAAUUACUUUUUACAGCGGGGUCUUAUGUUUCGGAAAGAAAUUACAAAGACGCAUUUGGAAUUGAUGACAGAAUAUACAAUUCAGUAUAUAAACCUAUAGAAAAUAAUGACACUUGGAUGAUUCUUCCAAUGUUACUACUGCCAAAAUCUGAAGGCUAUAUUCGUUUAAGGGAUUCCAAUCCUUUAAAUCCGAUGCUGUUGUAUCCGAAUUAUUUAAACCAUACUGAGGACUAUAAAGUGAUAUUGGAAGGUAUACGACGAAGUGUAAGAAUAUCAAAAACCAAAGCUAUGCAAAGAUAUGGUAGCAAACUACACGAUAUCCCCAUACCACAAUGCCAAGAGUAUCCUUUCGAUUCAGACAAAUAUUGGCAUUGCGCAAUGCGUCAUCUGACGCAGACUAUUUUCCACCAAUGUUGUACAUGUCGAAUGGGUUCGCAAAGUGGAAAUUCUGUGGUCGACGAAAGGCUUAAUGUGCACGAAAUAAAAGGGUUACGAGUUGCCGAUGCCAGUGUCAUGCCGGAGAUUCCAACGGCGCACACGAACGCGCCGACGAUAAUGAUUGCGGAAAAGGCCGCGGACCUCAUCAAGGAGGACUGGGGCGCCAUCGAUAUGAAUGAUAUAAAAAGGUUCAAGAGAAAAUCCAACUGUAGGUUGCAUAUUAAAGCGUCCAAGAGAUACCCACCGCCUAAGCCUUACAAUUAG